UCAGUUAGCAAACAUUUUGAAUUUCUGCACACAAGAUUCUACCUCGAGCAUGCAGACCCGUCAUGAAUUUCCUACCCGGUGCUGCCACUGUAGCCCUGCGACGAGACAGGGAUGCCAUGUCCAUGUUUUAUGAGGAACGCACUGCUGCCAAUCGACGCAAACACUUUAAGCUGCUCGAUCCGCCCAGGCCGGGCCUAAGUUUCUUUUUUCACGGACUCAUACUGAAUGCAUGUGAACAUUUUACCAUCGACUUCCUCACCUUCAAGGGUAAAGAUAGCUGUGAUCAUUGCGAUGUGCUGCUGCAGCUCGGCGCACGAUUGCCUCAGAACUACAUUGUGCGCAACUCCCGCCUCAUGGGCAAGUGGGGCAUUGAGGAGAAUUCAUCGCCGCUCUCCUUUCAACUGCGACGCGGGGAUACUUUUUGGAUGCAGAUACUCCUCACAGUGGAAUCGUUUUACAUUUCGGUGAAUGGUUAUCAUUUUGCUGAGUACGCUCAUCGCAUGCCUUACAGUUGGCUGGCUGCUGUCGAUCUGCGUGGGGACAUCGAUGACAUUGUCAUUGAUAAAUAUUAUGUGACAGAGUAUCCCAUCCGCUUGGCCCAAUCAGUGGCUCGAGCUCUGCCCUUUGUCUACGAUUCUGAUGUAUUGAAAUGGCUCAAUGGCGAGGGCAACAGUAUCCUUAGAAGCUCUGGCUCCAGGGAGGCCAAGUUGGACAUUUUAUCCCGACUGCAGAAGGCCACAAGGCAAGUGACAGCUAAUCUAACACUUCCAUUCUACGGCCGUGUGCCAAACCACGAGAAGCUCAUCGAGGGACGUGCAGUGCGAAUCGAGGGCCGCGUACGCCUGAUGCCACAGAGCUUCAGUGUAGCCCUGCAGCAGGGCCAGCAAAUUUGGCCACAUCCAACGGUUUCGUUCUAUUUUAGCCCGAGUUUCUUGCGCAAAACUCGCGACAAAGUGGGCAAGGUAAUCAUAACACGAAGCGCCUACUUGAACGGCUCCCAUGUGAAGCGGAAAGCCUCACGGCUGCACACAAGCCUGAGACCCGGCAAAGCGUUUGUCAUAUUAAUUGCUUGUCGUCCUAAUUACUACGAGUUGUUCGUGAACCGAAGACACUUGCUGUGGUUUAAGCAUCAAAUGAAUCCCGAGUGCGUGGAUAUUGUGAAUAUCCGCGGAGAUGUUCGGCUCUGGGAUGUGGUCAUCGAGACCACCAGGCUGGGGCGGCGACGAAAUGGCCAAUCAAUCAUUCAGCGUGCUAUCAGAACCCUGCGCCAGGCUCACCUUGAAUAAUAUUUCUCAAAAUGUUAUUUUAUCUCUCCAUGCAAUGGAGGGAAGCGCAACCUGUCGAAAGACAUGUUGUACAAAUUUAUAAGAGCCACGUCGUCGGUCUAGGCUGGCGCUGUCCGAGAGCAACGAGGGGCACCGUGUGUGCGCAGAUUUAUGAUUUCAUCUUUGGCAAACGUAGACAGCAUUUUCUGCAAUUAAAAUAGCUCUGCUCUGCCCUGCCCUGCCCUGGAGUGCGCCGCGAUCCAACUCAUAAAUGUCAAUGUGCCUGUCGUUGUGCCCAUAAGCAGCACGUAACCGCAGCAGGAGCAGCAGCAGCAGCAGCAGCAGCAGUCCAGACCGCUCUGAAGAAGGGCCUCGGAAAUUGAUUAUUAAAAACGAUAAUCGAUUAAGGACACUGUAUUGCUGCAGUGCUCGCAGCUCUGUCAGGGUCGUCGUCAGUGGGCACUGAGCACUGAGCACUGCUGUCCGCAAUUGACGUUUAUGUCUACAUGUGUUUAGCAAGACAGUUGACAUUGUUUUGGCAUGGCCA